AUGUCGUCCAACGAACAAAGUGAGCUUAGUGGGAUCUGCAAGUUUGACGAGGAAAGUCCGUACAAGCCUCAACACUGUACAGAGUGGUACCAGUUUAAAUGUACCGGACUCUACAACCCGACCACCAUCAAUUUAGACAUUGACACCUUGUUUCACAUCUUCAUACAGCGCAAGGAGAACCCCGUGAAUCCUCAUGAUGGUGAGGUUUACAUGGUGCUCGACACAAGGCUAGAGUUGACAAUUGAUGCUCUUAAACAGACACUUGAUGAACAUCAUGCAUCUGGAUUCGGUUCAAAGGCGAUCCAUAUGGAUUCUCUUGAAUCAUUGGCUUCAAGUCUACCGUCGAUAGAUCAAUUUGUCCUUGAUUUGUGUCACGAACUACGUCGCGACACCUCGAUUACUCCACCAACAAUGACCCUCCUUUGGCCAUCAAAACCCCAUCACGCCUUAACCUCUUUACUCUACACGUAA